CCACAUUUUUGUCUGCAAAAUAGCACAAAAUAUAUUUAUUCGAAGUGAAAACGGGGAGAUGAAUAGCGAUUAGCGGGAAGAGCACUGGCAAAACGAUGUAAAAAAUUUUCGUGUGGCGCCUCUUCUUCCCAACAUAGAAAUCAGAUUCCCCCCAAAACAUUGGACCAAACACCAAGUCAAGUGGUUUUUUGUAAACCCCAAAUUAUUUAACAAAGCGUAUUCUAUCUAGAGCUGGAAAACCUUGUCCCAACUAUUUUGGAGGGCUCUUGAUAGUGGCCAUGGUGAUGGGUUCCGCUACUGUUUCAAAUCGGAGUGUAUCUGAAAAGGAGAGAGUUAAAAAAGGAAGCAAGCUCCAGAAAAAUGGUGUUACUACUUCUCCUGCAAAAAGGAAUAAAAACCCCGAGAUCCGGGUCGUGGGUGCCCGGAUUUAUGACCCCAUUAAUGGGAAAACUUGCCAUCAGUGUCGCCAAAAAACCAUGGAUUUCGUGGCAGCUUGCACGAAUCUGAAGAACAACAAGCGAUGCACCCUUAUGUUGUGUCAUAAGUGCCUUUUGAACAGGUAUGGUGAGAAGGCAGAAGAAGUUGCUGACAUGAAGGAGUGGAUCUGUCCCAGGAAAAAAAGAGGUCAUCAACCCACUGGUAUACUUAUAAAUACAGCCAAGGCAACUGGAUUUUCAUCUGUUUCAGAGAUGCUACUUAUGGGAGCAGGACACUUAAGUAACACAGCACACUCUCCCAAGAAGGAGGUUCUCUCUUCACCUGGAAAACGGGGGAAGGAAAAUUCAUUUGAUGGAAAACUAGAUGUGAAUUUACCGAAUCAAAUUGAGAAGAAGUCCAAGGAAGUUAAGGAGACUCAGAAAGGGAAUAUUGAAGAGAAUGGCCCUAUGAACGUAACUAGCGGAAGCCCUAAUAAAAGAAAAUUGAAGCAGGAUGUACACGAGUUUACUAAGGAGCCUAGAAAUGAAGAAAUUGGUUCAUGUGGCUCUGAAAAAAUGCCAAAGAAAAAGAAGGUGAAUGGAUCAGAAGAGAUGAAUAUUGAGAAAAAUGAAAAAGAAAUCAAGAAGACUAGUCUAAAUGGUGAUGCUAUGAAGCUGAAAAGAUCAAGGAAGAACAAGUCAGAAAAUGAUUAUAGCAGGAAAAAUGAGGCCACCUUAGCAAGGAGGACAAGCCCUCGAAAGUUGAAAGUUUGCAGUGACUUGCCCCACCAAGUGGUGGAACUAGAAAAUGCAGUCGACCAGGGCAAAAAUGUCAAGGAUACUAAUAUCACUACUGAAAAAAAUUGUAUGGAUAUGAAUAAGUGCCAAGUUGCAGAUUGGCGAGUGAACAUUCAAUUGCCUGUAGGGAAAGAGUUGAACAGUGUUGCUGGAAUUGAUAUUCUUGAUGUGAAAAAGGGGCAACCAGAACAUGUUCUGAAAGACUUACUUCAUGGACGAGGACGUCGAGGAAAAUUUUCUUUAACCGUCCAAUUUCUUAUUAAUCUGCUGUCUAUUGUCUUAUCAGAUCGAAAAGAAAAUCAUGUAAAGCUGAACCCUUCAUAUGGAAAAGGCUCAUGGUUCGAUGCGCUUAAGAAAUGUUUGUCCGAAUCUAAAAGCGUGCUCCGAGUGCUGGGACUAGAUUCUUUUGAUAAAGCAGCUGAUUAUGAGGCUUUAGAAGCUUCAGAUAAGCUUAAGCUCUUGAACAUUCUAUGUGAUGAAGUUCUGGAAACUGAAAAGUUGAGGGUCUGGAUGGAGAUACAAAGAAAAAAUCAUAAUGAGAAGGUCAGAGAAGCUAAACAAAAAGUCGCUGCUGCUAAGGACGAGGAGAAGAAUUUAAAGCAGAAAAUGCAAAAUGAUAUUGCCCAAGCAAUUAUCGCUAAGCAUGGUGCUAAUCUUUCAAUUUCUGAGCACGAAGCAAUUGUAUCUGAUAUAAAGCAAGAAACAGCAAAAGCUCAUGCCAAGGUGCUCGAGUCAAUGGGCAUGCUUUUAAAGAAUAACAAGUCAGAUGUUCUACGAACUGAGCCCAUCUUUUCUGGAGUUGGUGGUCAUGCAUAUUGGAAAUUGCAUUGUAUGGGAAAAUCUGACCUUGUGCAUCAGGAUGCUGGGCAAGGGGAUGGGGAUGCUACCUUAGAUGAUAAAUGGUUCCUUGUCGAUGAAGAAGGAGAAAAAGCUAUUGAAAAGUUCAUAUCUUUGUCAAACUGUGUCGAAGUUGAAGUCUCCAGUGUUCCCCUUUACUGA